AUGAAAAGCAAAAAUAUUAAUGUUGCUCCAGAUCUUAAUUCAGUCCUUCAGAAGAAGGUUAGACUUUGUGAAGAUAGCCAAAGUACUACACUCUUUAACGAGAACUCCAAUUCCCUUGAAUCCUUCCCUACAUUAUCGAAAAUAGCAUCGAAAUACCUUAAUAAACCUUCACUUAGAGAAAGAUUUCAAUAAAUUAAUAAUACUGGAAACUUAUAAGCAAGCAAAUAUUACACUUUAAUUUCCAUCUUAUCAGCUAUUGACUCACAAUUAUUAUUUCUAAAAUAUAGAAGAGAAUCUUUGUUUUGGCCAAACAUUGUCAAAAGUUGUUAUGAUUCUUAAUAAUUAUAAGUCACAACUCGAUAAUUAUAAGAAAUAUUAACUGUUUGGAGUUAAAGUUAUAUCAUUAUUUGGGAAAAAUUUGAAAAGCAAGGUGGGAAUUUCGAACUCCUACUCAAAUUCCCAGAAAAACAAUUAUUAAACUCUUAAGAAUUGAAUUCUAGAAAAGAAUUAUUUUAAAAUAAAUUGGAAGCCUUUUUAUAAUUAAAUGGAGAUUACGUAGAACCAAUGAAGUUACCUUAGAAACCUUAAUUUGCUGAUCCCAAUCUUAAGAAAGAAAAUAAUUAAUCAAGUAAAAGCGAUUGUGUACAAUUUUCUCAAUCCAUUAACAUCUCCAGAAUCUUUUAAGAUAAGGAUAAACCAUGUGAUAACAAACAAUUAUCUACAGUAUCCUAAAAACUAAUUGAUAAGCUUCGAGAAAGGAAAUUGCAGGAAAAAUAAAAGUCAGAAGAAUCAUAAGAUGACAAAUAAUUAUCCUCAAAAAAGUAGCAUAUCUUAGUCGCGACUAUGCUACACUCCUAUUACAAAUAAAGAGAUGUAUCAAAUAUGUUCUUCAAUAAUGUACUCAAAUACAUUCAUGAUCAUAAUACUAAUGUUCUUUUGAGUAGUGAAUAAAUUAAAUCAAUCAUAAUGAGUCUUAUUCAAACUAUUGCAAAUUGGCUGUAGCUAAUUGAUAAUUCUGGAGGAUAAAUUCUCAGAUUAAACAAAGAAAUAGAUUUACCAAAUAUCAUCAACUAAUUGUGA